AGAUUUGAUUAUUGCACACGUAACCGAUCCUCUGACAAAAACCAUAACGAAUCCCAAAAACACACGAAUACACUUCUCCGCGCUAUAAAUAAGCUAGCUCAGAAAAUUUAACAGAUAGAGACAAGACAAACAAAGCAACACUUUCACUAAUCCUCUUAUGGCCGAAGAGAAGACCUUGAAGAAGACUCCGGCGGCGAAGAAGCCGCGAAAACCGAAAACCACCACUCAUCCUCCAUACUUUCAGAUGAUAAAAGAGGCUUUGAUGGCUCUUAAAGAGAAGAACGGAUCAAGCCCUUACGCUAUAGCUAAGAAGAUAGAGGAGAAACACAAGUCUUUACUUCCAGAGAGUUUCCGUAAAAUACUUUCUCUACAGCUUAAAAACUCUGUCGCGAAAGGUAAGCUCGUGAAGAUCAGAGCCUCUUACAAGCUCUCAGAUACCACCAAAAUGACAACGAGGCUACAAGACAAGAAGAAUAAGAAGAAUAUGAAGCAAGAAGAUAAAGAGAUCACAAAGAGGACUAGGUCUUCUUCGACAAGGUCCAAGAAGAGUAUGUCUGUGAACAAACAAGAAAAGAUGAGGAAAGCGAAGAAGGCGAGACAGCCUAAGUCCAUCAAAUCUUCAGCUGGUAAGAAGGCCAUGAAAGCUUCCGCUGCUUGAUCACUGAGGAGGAGGAGAAGAAGAAGAAACUGUGUGUGAAUAUGAAGAAUAAGGUUUUUUUUUUAGUAUCUGUAAAUGGUUUGGUGUGGUCUCUUUUUGGUUUAAGAGUAAAGAGUCUUCGGAUGUAUAACUAGUACUACCAUGUAAUAUACUCGAAAUAGGUUUUUGCUCCGGUUGAGCUAAAA